UUUCAGGCAGAAAGAUGGUACGGUGGCAGACCUGGCCACUGUUGUUGUUGUUUCAACUGGUCACUUGCCAACAGUUACAACAACGAAUAGUGGAAGCUCCGAAGGAUACAUUGGCAGCCGUCGGAGAAACAGCAAUAUUGACAUGCAGAGUUGAACAUCAACAAGGGCCGGUACAGUGGAUGAAAGAUGACUUUGGGCUCGGAACGGAUAGAGACAAACCACUUCCUGGAAAUAAAAGAUACAGGAUGGUCGGAAGUGCGGCAAAUGGGGAGUAUAAUCUGGAGAUCUCCAAUGUAACGCUAUUCGAUGAUGAUGAUUUCGCUUGUCAAAUCUCGGAAUCCGAUCACGCCAAAGCAGUUGUUUCGAGUAAAGCAAAGCUCACUGUGUUAGUGAGACCGACGCCUCCAAAAAUUGUGAAAAGCCAUCAUUCUCUGAAAGCAAUUGCCGGCGAUCCUAUAACUCAAUCAUGUUUAUCUCGAAAAGGAAAACCACCUCCAACGAUAGGAUGGGCAAUUGCAUCAGAUGAGCAUGGAAAGCACAUUGUUUCAUGGUUGGGCGAAUCGCGCUCAAAAUUCGGAGGAAUUCAUGCAAAACCAGAAAUCUCUCAAGAAACCGUGAUUGCACAUGUAAAUGAAACCACUCAAGUUGAAGAGGGCGGUAACAAUUCACGAGAGGACUCUAGUAUCUACAGUAUUAUGAGUAACUUGAGUUUCAUACCACGUCCCGAAGAUGACCACAAAUACUUGAUCUGUAUUAGUCAACACAUGACGUUCCCUAAUAAAAUCGAGGUUGAUUCUGUGAAGCUUUCUCUUCGAUACGCGCCACAAAUCAACUUAACAGUGGCAUCAAAACUUCCGCUACGAGAAAAUGGCUCAGCUCUUCUAGCAUGCAAUGUUAAUGCAAAACCAUUGGAUAAUGUGAAGAUCAGCUGGUACAAGGGGAAUCAAAAGCUGAGAGAAACUGGAGAUACUCUAACAUUCGAAACUCUCAAAAUGGAGGAUCAUAAUCGAGAUAUCUUCUGUGAAGCUACAAAUGAAAUUGGAACUACUCGCGGGUCGAUUAAGUUGAAUGUGGCAUUUGGUGCACGUAUUAUGUCGACGUCACAAGAUAAAGAAGUAAAUGAAGGGGACAAUGCAUUUUUUCAUUGUGCAACUCUGGCAAAUCCAGCUCCAGCGAUUUUCUGGACUCGUGGAGACAGCGAUGAAAUUAUUGGGCACGGUGAAAACUUGACGUUAGAGAAUGUGAGAACAUGGCAACAGGGUAACUACAACUGUACGGCUACAGUGGAAGGGUUUAGAAAACAAAUUUUAUCGCAUUACCUUCAUAUCAGAGGCCCACCAACGGUCUCCAUGAAAGAUGAAGUAUCAGCUUCACUCGAUGAAGCAACGGAGAUCAUUUGCGAAAUUAGCGGCCGUCCGAAAACAAAUAACGUUAGAUGGACAGUAAAUGGGAAAGAGAUCAAUUUUAAUAAUGGAAGAAUUACGGUUCACCAAUAUCCCAAGCCAUAUGGAAAAGAAAGUAUUCUUAAAAUCAAAGAUUUGAAAGAAGAAGACUUUGGUGUUUAUAAUUGCUCUGCAAAUAACGGGUUAGGAUUUGACAACAGAGGCACACUGCUCAAGAAGAGAAAUAUUCUAGAUUGGAUUGUAAUAACAGCAAAGUUCGAUAGAAUGGUUGCACUUGCAAUUAUAAGUGCAGGUGUUCUUUUGGUGUCACUGCUCUGCUGCCUCUGCAUGUGCAGAAGUAAUUGUCGGUCAAGAAAGUCAAAGUUUAUUGAUGAUCAAUCUGACGUCACAGUGAAAUGUGAGGCAUUGGAUGGACAAUAUUUCCCAGAGAUGUAUAGUAGCAGCCCCGUUGACAAUGUUCAUCUCUCCACGAAGGAUUACAUCUCGAUUCCUCAAAACAAUCCGGAUUUGGAUUUCCUCGGUGCAACCGGAUCAUUCGGGCCACCGGGAGGGCUGUAUCCAAAAUGUUUCAACAACUCGGCCAAUGAAUACAUCUACAACCGGUAUGAACAUUCAUAUGGAUCGUUUGGCAGUGGACUUUCCACGCCUGGAGGAGUUUCAGAUAUGUACGGCGUGGCGAUGAGCGACAAAUUGCCGGUUAUGGAGACGCUACAGGAAGUGGAGACUCCCAAAACGUCCAACUACAACUUCCUCUCGUCGCCGGAAGUGGUCCGACCAAUUAGUCGAACAUCAACUCAUGUGUAGAUACAUACUUGAAAUUUUCCUGGUGCCAUCUAAAACUAGAAUUUGUUUUGUAAAUCUUUUUUAAAUCUUUUGAUUUUUUUUUCCAAAAAAAAAAGACCGCCGCCAACGUUUUGAGGUCAUCAAUCACCUAAAUGAUGUUUUGUGUCAUAAGGUGGCGUUCUUCAGCAGUUUUUGACAUGUUCAUUCUCAUUUUUAUCUUAUUCAAAACGGGUUUUACUUGCCAUUCUCAUUUUUCUCACCAUCCCAUCCCUUUUCCACUCACGAGAAGCCUAAUUGACCCCCCUCCAUCCCACAUUGAUAUUUCAAUGACCUAUAAAUUAUUUUCACUUGUAUUUUUUUCUCUCUCUCUCUCGUUUGUUUGAAUGUUUUCUAGUCAUCCGAAUUUGCAUAAACAAUUUUCCAUACA